GUUUGCGUUAUUGCGCGAAAACUGAAAUAAUUUUUGUCAUCUACAUAUAUUUGAAUCAUUUACGUCUUAGAAUAAUUUUGUGCAUUUUCAGCAUUUGAAUAUUAGCGUUAAACAUGCGUCGUUUUGCUAAAUUUUGGCGAGAUUCGGCUAGUUUAAUUAUUCUCGCCCGAGAUGGGGCAAAGUCCAAUGGGACGAGUGCGGGUUGCAACUAUAAAGUGCUGGUGUUUAAACGCCCCGAGCGUACCUCAUUCAUGCCCAAUGCGGUCGUAUUUCCUGGAGGAGCGUUCGAUAAGCAAGACUCGGAGUUGCAGUGGAAUAAGCUACUGUCGAAAUUGAAUACUGAACCCCUAACGCGGGUGUCUGGACCAAGACCGUUUAUAUUCGAAACGGAAAGCAGUGAGGUGUUGGAUCGCAACAUCUCGUUACGCCUCUGUGCCAUCCGAGAGACAUUCGAGGAGUUGGGUAUUCUGCUCGCACCAUCUGAGGGUGAUAAAAGCAAACGUCCCGGUUACGGAACAGUGACCGAGGGUGGCAAGUGGCUGGAUGUUACAUCCUGGCAGAAAGAGAUACACGACGGCCGGAAGCAGUUGCGCGAGCUUUGUGAACAAAUCAACGUCGUUCCCGAUCUGUCCAGCUUAUAUGAGUGGUCCACCUGGAUCACACCGACUAUUCUGCACAAAAAGCGCUAUGAGACGGCAUUUUUCUUGGUGGCUCUAGAUUCGCUGCCGACCGUGACACCGGAAGCGAAUGAAGUACAGGAAUAUUUCUGGGAUACACCCGAGAAUCUGCUGAAGGCGCACGAGACCAACAACAUUUGGCUGACACCCCCGCAAGCUUAUGAGUUGAAGCGGCUCAGUUACCUGCAGGAUAUCGAGCAUGUUGUAUCGUUUGCCAGAACCAAGCGCGUCGGAAAAGGCACCACACCGCUCUGUCCCGUAGCAUUCGCGGUUUCUGAUGGUGUUGUCCUGGCUCUACCGGGUGAUGAACUGUACCCCAAAAACUAUGACUACGUCACGGAGCACAGCAACGCGAGCCAGUAUAGCAAUCUAACGGUCGAAGAGUUACGCCAUAAGGCAAGUUUACUGCAUCGACUGGAACUCGUGGGAAAGAUGCACGCGAAGGGAUUUCAUCAGACUGUGCCGGCGUUGGAAGACCAUUUGCAUCUGGCAGGGGAUAAUCGAUAUCGGGCGACAUUGUGAAACUGAUGAAACGUGCAGAUAUUGUUGAGUUAGCAUU